ACGUCAUUGUGAUCUGAGCGAGCUUCGAAUGAAGAUCGAGAACUCCGCACGCUCUUUUUAAGAUUUAGCUCCUUAUUAUUAUUAAAAUAUUUUCAAUUGUUAACGAUAACGUGAUUCUAAACUAACACCACUGCUCGAACAUGGACUCGCCAAAAUUUCAAUCUCCUUUUACUUGGGAAAUAGACGACGAGUUCGCGUUGAAUUUUGACGAUAGUGAAUUGGAAACGGGAGAGGAAUUGCCCUUUUACAAUUUUAUGCACUCGAUCAUGGCUACCUUUAUUUACGCCACAAAGGGAGAUUACAACGCAGCGAAAAAUAAUUUUUCGACGAUGGACGAUCUCUGGAACUUGGUCGAUCAGGGCCAAUUGGAAGGAGAGCAAGUAUCUGUAGAUACUGUUAACCAUAUUUUACAAUCAACAAAGUACCACGUUUUAUUAAAACUCCAAGAUUUUAUGGGAGAAGAAAACAUUUCACGCGAGGAAUUAAAGCGAGUGGAACCAUCGGUAUCCGUGACGAACAUCAGUACAUUGAACGGAUGCAAAAGCAUUGCGUGGUCCAUAUUUCAUGAAACUGGCAUGGAAAAAGCCAUAACGUUUGCCAGACUCGCCAGUUUGGGCAAUCAAAGAUGCUCAUUGUGGCAUUUUGUGCUGGGUAAAAAUCUAAGACGCUUCCGCCGCGAAACGGCCUUUUCGACAAACCCUUCUCAGAAAGAAGUGAAUUCCUUUUUGAAAGCUUACGAAAUACAUAGAAAUCCACUGUAUGGCAUUUACUUAUCCCAAACAUACUCGGAAAAUAAUCAAAACGAGAGGUCAAAAGAAGUAUACAUGAAAGUAUUUCGCGAAAAGCCCGAGAGCAUUAAAAUUCAGCUCAGAUUGGCACUUUGCUUUCUAAGAGCGAUGGAUCUUCCAAAAGCGAAGCUUUGCCUGGACUAUGUGGAACAAUAUACUUCUGAUUCUACGAUGUACUUGCAUUACAGAGGCAAGUAUUAUAAGAAACUAGACGAUUAUGAGCGCGCUGCGUUGUAUCUUAAAGAAGCAAGUAAGUUAGGUGUCUUCGGAGCCGAUCUUGAAUAUGGGCAGUGUAUGUCCAAAAUAUACCCAGAUUUCGACCAGAUCGUGCAUUUGCUGUAUAUGGAGAAAAGAUUUAGACACAAUAAAGUAUAUUUGCAAAAUAUUUAUCUGCACAUUGGAAUGGAAUCUUACGAUAUUAAGAAAUAUGAAAAAUCAUUAAAGUACUUUGCACUAGCUGUAAAACUUAUUCCUAGUAGUAAAAUUUUACAAAGAUUUUACUACAAAUCAAUUUUUAAACUUUACAACAUUUUCGACUUCGUAAACGGUACACUCGUACCUGAGUACAAAAGUGCAGUAAACAAUCAGGAUUUACCUAUUCAAUCAGUUCAAUAUUUAGAAAAAAUAAAUAAUAUUCACGCCCAAAAAAUGCUACAACCAUCGAACAAUACGGACGAAAAUAAUGAGAUACUUUUGACUGAUGAAACAAACGCUCGCUCCAAAGUAAUUUUAUUCUUUUUCUUAUCAAUCGUACUGAUCAUUUCUUGGAUCGUAUAUUAAUCAUCUUACGUAAUAAUUUCGUAUUUUGUAUCCAUAGUUUUUUACAAGAUUUUAAUAUUUGUUAAUUACCACUUUUUACGGAAUAAAAAUAUCUUUCUGCUUUUUGUAUCUUUUGAAUUGGAA